GUCACCGUGCUCAGUUGGAACAUUAACGGAGAAAAACCCGCAAAUGCCCGACGUAGAAUGAUAGAAAGUGCGAUUACUUACAUCGACCCAGACGUUAUGCUACUACAAGAAACCAAGAACAGCAUCAUCAAUCCAAAAGUGGACAGCCAUCGGCUGCGCAGUCUUGAUAAGUACAUCAGUGUGCAAGCUGGAAAAAUGGAACAAGCCCAGGUUUUCUAUAAAAAGAAUGGCAAAUUCGAGGAAGUAUCCUCAUCCACAGUGAAUUUGAAGCUACAUAACAUUCUAAAAGAGAUGUUCUCUAAAAAUGAAACUCUCCAACUGGGAAGAAGAUCAGUGAGAGUGCGGAAAUUGAUAAGAAAUCGUGCUUGUGUUGUUUGUCUUCGACACAAACUUACAAAGCGUGAGAUAAUUUUCAUAUCUUACCACAACAUCGCAAAGGGUGGAGGUAAAGGAGGUGUCGAGACGAAGGCCGCCCAAUUUUGUCAAAUCAUAGCAAAACUACACGCGUCUACCAAAUGCUGUGUCAUAGCUGGGGUGGACUUCAACUGCUCUGAUUUCGAUUCUAAGGGUGUUAAAGUUCAAGAUUAUGAAGUAACCUUGAGGAGGAAAGAACCAAAAAAAAAAAAAAAAGUCGACUACUUCAUCUUGAGUGACAAUGCUCCUGUGGAUGGUGUUGUUGUGGAAGCUUUCGAUCUUUUUCCACAGAACAAUGAGGCGCCAUUCUACGGAAAACUCCAAAGCCUUUUGCGACACAACACGACGGAAGACCAGUAUAAAAAAGCAAAUGAUCAUGAUCCCUUAAAGCUUUCCAUGCAGAUAAGUUGA